AUGAUCUCAACGAGCUUGGAAAACGAAAGAGUACAGGAGCUUGACCAGCUUCUCUCGCUCAUCCACCCCAAAAUUGUUGAUUACGUUGCUUCUGCUGAUCUCAAUGCUGGUGCUUUCAAGCCAGGCUCUUUGGGUACCUACCAUGAGCCUCAAGACUUGAAGAAGAUUUUCACUUCUGAGACCGAGCUUUUUGAACUGGGAGUCAAAGGAAACACAACUGAGUUGUUCCGUCACAUCGACAAUGUGCUUAAGUACUCGGUCAAUACUUGGAACCCGGGCUUUUUGGAUAAGCUUUACGCAUCCACCAACCCAAUCGGUGUGGUGAGUGACAUUCUUCUAUCGGUACUCAACACAAACUCCCAUGUGUACACUGUAUCGCCAGUUCUUUCUGUUUUGGAGAAUUUUGUAGGUAAAAAAUACGCCAGUCUCUUCUUCAAGAACAAUACUGAUACUUGUGGAGGUUUGACGUUUUCUGGAGGUUCAUGGUCGAACAUCACGGCUUUGCAAAUCGCAAGAUCACUCCAUUUUCCUGAAACAAAGAUCGAGGGCAAUGCUGGUAGACGUUUUGCAGUGUACGCACUGAAACAUUGCCAUUAUUCGGUAGAGAAAGCCGCCAUUCUCUUAGGUUUGGGAUCGAGAGCAGUUUUCAAAGUUGACAUCAACAGCGAUGGCACCAUGAAUACCGAAUCACUCGAAAACGUCAUCCAGGACACUGUGGACAAGGGAUACAUUCCUCUUUUCGUCAAUGCUACCGCAGGAACGACGGUGUUUGGCCUGUUUGACAAUCUCAAGCAAAUCGGAGCCAUUGCAAAAAGACACCGCAUUUGGUUUCAUGUCGAUGGAUCUUGGGGAGGAAAUGUCAUCUUCUCCAAGACACACAGCGCUAAAUUAGCUGGAUGUGAACUCGCAGACUCCAUCACCACUAACCCACACAAGAUGCUCGGAACUCCAAACACUUGCUCGUUCCUUUUGCUUCCAGAUGUCAGGAAGUUCCAAACCGCCAAUUCCCUUGAUGCUCCGUACCUCUUCCACGGGCGUGAAAAUGAUGAAGAGAACUUGGAUUUGGCAGACGGAACCAUGGGCUGUGGAAGAAGAGCAGAUUCCUUCAAGUUCUACUUGACAUGGCUCUACUACGGCUACCAGGGCUUGAGUGAGAGAGUCGACCAUGCCUUUGCCAUUGUGGAGUACUUUGUGAAGGCCAUCUCCGCCACUCCGGGCUUUCUGCUCGUGGUUGAGGAUCCACAGUGUCUUCAAGUUUGUUUCUAUUACAAACCUGAAGGCUUUUUGGGGCAAAACUUCACGGAGGUGACCAGAUAUGUAUCUCGAGAACUUCAUCGCCAGGGUAAGUACCUCAUGGACUUCCUGCCCAAUCCCAGUGCUGACGGUCAUGGCGAGUUUUUCCGAGUUGUAUUUAACUCGCCUAUUCUCACGGAUAAGGUCGUGGACGAUUUGGUUGCCAGUAUUGUGGAAGUUGGCUCGUCGUUCCAGGAAUAG